AUGGCCGUACCAAGCUUUGUGCAGCUCGAUCCCGCCAUCGAGCGAUGGAACCACAUGCGUGAGGAUGCAUACAAACACUUCAGGUUCACUCGUCGCACUAGCCUGAUAACUUUCACUGGCUGCGUGCUCAUUCCAUCAGUCAUCUACUACGUAGCUUCCGAGACGCAGAACAAGUUCAAAUGGACGGGAAAGCGGAAGGGGGAUUCACUCGUUCAAUCAUGA